GAAGAAUUGAACAAGCAAAAAAGAUGCAAUUUAGGGACCUGGCAGAAAGUGUGGCUUGAGUUUGGAGGCGUGGAGAACUCCUGCUGCCUAUCAUCCUCUCCCAGCCCUCACUUUCCGCGUCUGGAUCCCUUGAUCUUGUAUUUGCCCCUCAGGCUUGUCGGAGCCGGCGGCUUGUUCAUCUUUUCCGAAAGGGAAGCCGGGCUGUUAGAUGGAUCUCUAUUUUUAAGCCCAGCGCUUAGAAGCCUCAGAGAGGGGAGGCCGAGUUCAAAGCGCGGAGUUCCUUCAUGUAGACCGAGGGGGAAGGACGCCGCUCUUUCCUCUCCUCUCCAGAAGGGACCUGGAGAGCCUGCUCGGAGGUGGGCUGGCGGCGCCUUCCUGGAUCUGACUCCCCUUGCCACGGUUCAGUCCUCGCUCUUAUUGGAGGGGCAGAAGAAGGAUCCUUCGCCUCUUCUCUUGCAUUAUUUCCCAGUGCACAAAUUGCUGUGAAUGUGAGUAAUUCUUCAUCUACUAUGCCUGAGUCAAAGUCAAUAUGUGUUUCAGUAGAUGAGGUGGUCUCUGGUGGUACAGAAACACAAGAGGUUCAUUUGCUCAAUGGCCAUUUAAAGAAGAUGGACAAUGUUUUGCCUGAAGCCCAUCAUUUCUCCUACCUUCCUCGAAGACCAGCUGUGAACAUUGAAAUUAAAGACCUCUCCUAUGCUAUACCAGAAGGACCCUGGUGGAACAAGAAAGGUUUCAAGACUUUGCUGAAAGGAAUUUCUGGAAAGUUUAGUAGUGGUGAACUGGUGGCAAUUAUGGGUCCUUCUGGAGCUGGGAAGUCGACCCUUAUGAAUCUCCUGGCAGGAUACAGAGAGACUGGGAUGAAAGGAGAAAUUCUCAUAAAUGGGCAACAUCGUGAUUUGCGUUCUUUCCGCAAAGUGUCUUGUUACAUCAUGCAAGAUGACAUGCUGCUUCCACAUCUUACUGUCCAGGAAGCUAUGAUGGUAUCUGCCCACUUGAAACUUCAAGAAAAAGAUGAAGGCAGGAGAGAAAUGGUGAAUGAGAUCCUGACAGCUUUGGGUUUGCUAUCGUGUGCCAGUACUCGUACUGGAAGCCUCUCAGGAGGGCAGAGAAAACGUCUUGCAAUUGCUUUGGAACUGGUGAACAACCCACCGGUUAUGUUUUUUGAUGAACCUACCAGUGGCCUGGACAGUUCAUCUUGCUUUCAAGUUGUCUCUCUGAUGAAGGCUUUAGCCCAGGGUGGCCGGUCCAUCAUCUGCACUAUCCAUCAGCCCAGUGCCAAACUCUUUGAACUCUUUGAUCAGCUCUAUGUCUUGAGCCAAGGGCAAUGCAUUUACCGUGGGGAAGUAUUAAACUUGGUCCCUUAUUUGAGAGAUUUGGGUUUAAAUUGUCCAACAUAUCACAAUCCAGCAGAUUUUGUAAUGGAGGUUGCCUCUGGUGAAUAUGGAGAUCAGAAUAGCAGGCUUGUAAGAGCUGUGCAAGAAGGAAUGUGCGAUGCAGAUUACAAGAGAAAUUCUGGAGGAGAAAAUGAACUUAACCCCUUUUUAUGGCACAAACCAUCAGAGGAGGAUUCCUCAUCCAUGGAAGGCUGUCAUAGCUUCUCAGCCAGCUGUCUUACUCAGUUUUGCAUACUAUUUAAAAGAACUUUUCUCACCAUAAUGAGGGAUUCGGUCCUAACACAUCUGCGGGUAACAUCCCACAUUGGAAUUGGACUUCUGAUAGGCUUGCUAUAUUUGGGGAUUGGAAAUGAAGCAAAGAAAGUCCUGAGCAAUUCUGGCUUCCUCUUUUUUUCCAUGUUGUUUCUUAUGUUUGCUGCGCUCAUGCCAACGGUCCUUACAUUUCCUCUUGAGAUGGGAGUAUUUCUUAGAGAACAUCUGAAUUAUUGGUACAGUUUGAAGGCUUAUUACUUGGCUAAAACUAUGGCUGAUGUCCCUUUUCAGAUUAUGUUUCCUGUGGCUUACUGCAGCAUUGUGUACUGGAUGACAGCGCAGCCCUCUGAUGCUCUGCGAUUUCUCCUGUUUGCAGCACUGGGGACCAUGACAUCACUUGUGGCUCAGUCCCUGGGACUUCUGAUUGGAGCAGCAUCCACCUCACUUCAGGUGGCAACAUUUGUUGGUCCUGUUACAGCAAUCCCAGUUCUUCUCUUCUCAGGCUUCUUUGUCAGUUUUGAUACCAUUCCUGCUUAUCUCCAAUGGAUGUCCUACAUGUCUUACGUCAGGUAUGGAUUUGAAGGUGUCAUUCUUUCCAUCUAUGGUUUGGAUCGAGAAGAUCUUCAUUGUGACAAAGAUGACACUUGUCAUUUUCAGAAGUCAAAGGCUAUCCUCAAAGAGCUGGAUGUAGAAAAUGCUAAACUUUAUUUGGACUUCAUUGUGCUUGGAAUUUUCUUCAUCUCCUUACGUCUCAUUGCCUAUUUUGUUCUCAGAUACAAAAUUCGAGCAGAGAGAUAGAGGACAAAUGUGACAACAUGCAUGUCUAGAAUGUGGCUCUUUGGUUGCGGCCAAUGAGUUUUCAAAGCUCAGUUGCAAAUCAUGUUGUCGUCUGAUCCCUAGAAGAACUAAAAUGGAAACUUGUUUCAGUUUUGAAAAAUGUCACUGCUGAUCCCAAGAGUUUCCUCUCCUGGAAAGUAUAUUUCUUCUAAGGUAGCUGUAGUUCUGGCAACUAGACUGAGAAUGUCUAUCUUUUAUUAUAAGUGAAAAAACAGAAAAUGUUCUAUCAUCACUUCUUGCUGCAUCUUACAAGUGUUUUCCCACAAGAAAUUCUGCAGUAGUCUAUACAUUUUUCCAGUUGUAUGAAAACCGAAUGCUUAAAAAUAAAGUAGGUGAGAAAUCUGAUAUUGGUUCUCCUUAAUACCCAGCUUUGGAGUUUUAAUUAUAUGAGCUGGUCUCAUAAACCAAAUUUUUAAUAUUACAUUAUAUUACAGUGAAUGAUGUAGAAGAAUUUUAAAAUCAAGAUGAAUACCCAGCUCCUUUCUCCUAGCAUUCUGUUUUUGUAGUGUCUUUUCAGUCUCAUUUUCUCUCUGUUUUAUCUAUUUUCUGUGAAUGCAAAACCCGAAAGAGAGCAAAUUAGAAACUAAUCUCAAAGCCUGUUUGAAUACUGCAGCAUGUUUUUAAUAGCACAUAUUCUAAAAAGAGAAAGGACUACCAGUAGUUUGGUGUUUGGUAUGAUGAAUGCUUAAGGACUUAAUUAAAAAUGUCAUAGUCAAAUAUGUAUGUGCCCCUACCUAGCAAUAUACAUAAGCCUAUUAUUUUUGUUUUCACCAAUUUUGAAUGUCUCAAAAAGAAAUUCAAACCAUGCUACCGUCACAUUCCAGCAAAGCUAGGUGAUUUCAAACCCAUUCAUAGGCAGUUUAUUUUUCCCUCACUCACUUUUUGCUAGAUUCCAACCAAAUUUAUCUAAACAGUUUUUGUUACUAGUUUGACAUCUAAUUUGAGAAGUAAGAUGUGUAAACUGAUGCUGAUUAUUAGAAGUGCCUACAUCCUGAUUUCAAAUACUAGCUGUACAUAUAGCACUUUGUCUCAGAACAUUAUUUGAUAAAAUUAACAUUAUAGGAAAAAAGACUAGCACUCCGGGCCAGUCUUAUCUACCUCAGUGCAAUGGAUUCAGGUUGGUUUAUUAGGAAAACCAAUUAAGCUGUUUUCAAUCCAAAACAGAUUUCAAGUUGUCUAUUCAGAAACCAGAUCAAAUUGCUGUUUCCAACAGAGGCUAUUUUGAAUGGAUACUAAAUCACUCAAGCCAGAUCUGUAGAGUUAAGCUAGAGCAUCAAAGCAAAAUAAAUUGAAAUUGAAACAAAAACAAGGCUAUACAUUUGAAGAUAAAUUAGUUUUAUCCAUAUUAUAAGAUUUUCCCCUUCCACAAUUCUUGUAAACUAGUACAUGUUCCUGAAGUGCAUAGUUUAUAUUGCUGAAAAACAAUAGAGUAAUUGGGACUGCAUUCAUUGGCAAAGCCAACGUCCUUCUUUCCCCAUAAUCCUAGUCUUAAUUUUAGAGUAAAAAAUAAAAACAGACACUGUUCUUUAAAUUAGCAUGCAAUUUUAUCCAUACCUAUCAUGGGAUUCAAAUCUGCACCACUAAUUAGGUACUUGUAAGUCUGUAUCCAGAAACCAUUAAGAAUGUACUUUGUAAAUCAGCAGCAGAUAUGUAACAACAUUUGUGAUUAGCACAGACAAUCUCCAAGAAUGUGAUUACAUACCUUCAACAAGAAAACUUUUCUUAUACCCUUUGGAGGAUAAUUGCCUCAAAACCAGUCAAUGGAUUGUGAUGGACUACCACCAGAUUUGGAAGAGUCACACAAGAAGUGCUUUCCUAGAAAGUCCUCAGGUGCUAUCUGCUAAUUGACAAGGCAUUCACAGGAACUGAACAUCCUUUCAUGCAAUACUGCAAGUACUGCAGUACUGCAAAUGUAGGGAUAAAUCAUUUAUAGAUUAUAUCUCUAAAUAUAACAUUAUUUUGUUACAGGAAACAUGGGCCACAAGGAUAUGGGGCUUGAUAAUUUUUCAGUGUAUUCUCUGAAGGCCAAUAGAUUAAGAAAAGGGGGGCGGAGGCCAAGUGGUGGAUCUUUUGAAUAAGUGAGUAAUCUAAAACCCUGUAAUUAAUUUGUAAUGGUUAUAAGCCUUUGAGUUGGCCAUCUUAUUGUUAGAAACACCUUUCUCCCAUCACAACUGUUACAAAGCAGGUGAAAGAAAAGUGGCUUAUGUUGGGACUAUAUAUGACAUCCUUAAUAAUUCUUUUCAAUUCCAGUGUGAUGUAUCCAUUUUGGAUAACACGGAAUCAUUUCCAUAUUCUGAUACUAUAUUGGAUCAAGUCACUAAUAAAUUCCUAAUUCUUUUGAAAAAGAAAGAACACAAUCCACAUUAAGUCUCUUUAAGUUCUGUUGAUGUUAGUUUGUAGAUUACUUAAACUUGACCACUUUAACUUGAUUGUGUUGUUUCUAAGACAUUACCAGAGAAUUUGUUAACAUGCCAGGAUUGUCUGGAAUAUCAAGUUUAAAAAUAUUGCUGUCCUAGAUAUUGCAGUCCCAUUCUUAAGCCAAAACUAUAAUUGGCAUAUUUCCACAUUUGAAUAAAAUUCUGUUACAAGUUGUAAAUCUGCUUGAAUUAUUUUCAGCAAUGGAAACUAGAAGUCAUUACUGUGUGAAAUUACUAAACAAAAAUGAUUUCACAUAUGGCAAAUGUAAUAUAAAAAACAAGCAAAAUGUUCUUUUCUUGUUCCCAUCCCUGAAAAUACCUAGUCACAUACAGAUAUUACACCUAAGGUUUGUUCAGGACCUCCCUUCUUGUCAGUUGGAGUAGUGGGCGUGUCUGUUUCACACAUUUUGGGAGUGCAUUGCAGGAGGGAGGGAUUCAGGAUUGCUCUGUAUUACUGGCUUUUAUGUUUUAAUCUGAAGACAAAAGGUACUCAUGGUUUUGCUACAGACAAGCAGGAAUCUUGUCCCUCGCCCACCUCAAUAAAACGUAUUGAUUGCAGAUAUAUUUGCAUGUAUCUGAGCUUGGCUUGGAAACCCAACUAAAUAUGUAGGGAAUACCCUGGUUGAGUUUAUACAACACACUAAACUACAAAGCAGUUAAUCACAAUUUAGCUCAAUGCAUCAUGAAACUCCAGCCUGUGCAGCUAGUUUAUGAUUCACUGUGUUAUACAAAUCCAGAAAAUUGGACCAAUGGGGUAAACUAUGAUUCCAAUAAACAAGCUUAAGCAUGUCAUGCAAAUAUAGCCAUUUGGUUUAUUGUAUUUUUACGUGAAACUUGCUAUUUUCAGAAAUAUUAGAACAAUAAUAUAUAGAGAUCACAAAACUUUUCAGUUAAUGUGCAUGUUAUAAGUUUCACGCUAUUCAUAUCCUGCUUUUCUUUUAGGAAGUAUAUUCUACUGAGCUCCAUGCCUAAGAAUUGCUGAAAUUUUGCUAAACCCCUACUCCAAAAACAGCCCAGCAAAAAUUCUUAUUUGUAGUUUUAAAACAAAGAAUGGAUUAUUAUUAUUAUUAUCUGGGGCAUCUUUAAUGGUGAGAGAGGAAUUAUCAGCCGUAUGUAUCAACGUGACAGUAUUUUUGACACCCUUUGUUUUCAAAUUAUACCUUCUGUGCAAUGUAGAUUCUUAGUUGUGGUGAGUUGCUACCCUAAAAACCUACUUAUUUAAGACAUUUAUGUGUAUGUGUGGUUUUCCUUUCCUUUCGUUUCUUUUUUUUUUUUUGAGAAAAGCAAAAGUCAAUGCAAGUAAUUUCAAAACCUCAGCGUACUAAAGAGUGCAUUUACUGUAUAAUAACUGUUCUUCUGUCUUGAUUGUGUAAUGCACACUGCAUUACUUUGGAUUCCUGUUGAUUUUGCUGUUCUAGAGACUGCUGCUGCUUGCACGCUGUGAUACAUUUGCACUGUUGUAGAUACAUGUAAACAUUGUCUUUUUUCCAGGUGGCUUGUUUAUCUUUUAUAGUUCUGAUGAUAAUAACUAACUGAACUAUGAGUACUUUGAUUCAUGUAUUAGAAGAUUUAGGAUGUUGGGCAUUCUAAUUCUGUAUUUUGCAUAAACUAACAAAAUGCUUUGUAUAUUUCUGUAUAGUUGAUUUCCUGUAGAAUAUUUGUAUGUGCAUUAUUUUCCAGGUUAGAGCUCAUUUUCUGAAAAUGGAGAAUCCUUGUGAUAAUGCAACAUAGGAAUAAUCAAAUAAAAGCAUUGAUAUUUUCAAA